AUGGACUCACUCGUCCUCGCCCCCCUCGACAACAUAGAAACCCACCUCACCGCGCUUAUAAGCACCCUCACGCAAACCAACACCUUCUCCAACGCGCCCCAACUCGCGGAAGAUCUCCUCGCCGAUGAUAACGACCUCACGUCCUCGCUCGCCCUCCUCCAACGACACCAGCACAACUACGCACGGAUCCUCAGCCUCCGUGAAGAAGUCACGUCCCUGCAGGACCAGCUGAAAGACACGGUCAGAAAAUGCGUCGCGUUCAAAACGGAGAUUGGCGCGAUCAACCCCGCCAUUCUUCAAGAUGAUUCCGAGGACGAGGAUGAGGACGCGCAUGGGGCUGACCACGAAGGAUCCGUCGCAGAGGUGGAUUAUCAUACGCUCUUGAUGUUCGCGGCACGGAUCGGCAAACACAACACAAUCGCAGCCAAAGAGGCAGAGACCGAAGCUGUGCGGAGAAAAAUCGCCGCAAAAUCUGGAACGGUAAACGGUGCCCAGGCCCAGGCCUCGAUCACGGAACCCCUUACGACGCAAGACACUGCGGGACCCGAUGGCGAACCUGGCAUCGAGAAGGACAACAACACGGUCGAAACCACAGCCGAGCUCUCUCGUAUCGAUAAUGCUAUCGCGAUCGACCGCGCCCGUAUGGGCAUGGCCUUCCCCGACGGACCCUCCCUGCGAAUGGGCGCACUGGGUCAACUCCAGCUUUUCAGGGAACGACUGGGGCAGCAAUUGUCGAGCGGCGGCGGCGGCGGCAAUGACGACGAAAAUGCCAAGCUAGUUCAGGAAGCGGUGGAGCGGGAAGUGGCUAGGAUGGUGAGGGAAACAGAGGAUAUCGCGCCCGAGCAGGAGGUGGAAGAGGAGAGCACUACGUUCCCGGAGAGUCCUGUUCUGGGCAGACGCGAGGACCCAGCGUCGGGGGCCACGCGACAACCCCCUAUCAGCCAAGGUCAAGCUCAAAGAGCACCCAAUCCGCCACAGAUAAAGCGGAAACUUGACCUAGACUUCCCUGAUAGCGAUGAUGAGGAGGAUGACUGA